AUGUCAAAUACAUUUCACCCUUAUCAUUUAGUCGAUCCAAGCCCUUGGCCUUAUGUCUGUUCUUGUGGAGCUUUCUUUUUAACUUUAGGAAGUGUUAUUUAUUUUCAUUAUAGUUUUAUAUGAAUAAUGUUAUUAGGGUUUAGUAUAUUUACUAUUACCUUCAUAGUGUGAUGCAGAGAUGUAAUAAGAGAAGCAACUUUUCAAGGACAUCACACUGAAAUUGUAAAAAGGGGUUUAAAAAUAGGAAUGCUUUUGUUUAUAAUUUCUGAAGUUUGUUUUUUUGUUUCUUUUUUUUGAGCUUUUUUUCAUAGUAGUUUGGCUCCAGCUAUAGAAUUAGGAGCAUUAUGGCCUCCAAUAGGUAUUCAAAUUUUAAAUCCUUUUUCCGUUCCUUUGUUGAAUACAGCUAUUCUUUUAAGUUCAGGAGCUACUGUUACAUGAGCACAUCAUGCAAUAGUUAACGGUAAAAGAGAACAAGCUAUUGUAGGUUUAAUAUUUACCGUCGUACUGGGGGUAAUUUUCACAGGUCUUCAAGGUAUGGAAUAUUAUGAGGCCCCUUUUGCAAUUUCUGAUUCUGUUUAUGGAUCUACUUUUUUCAUGGCUACAGGAUUUCAUGGGUUUCAUGUUUUAGUAGGAACAACUUUCUUAUUAGUUUGUUUAUUAAGAUUAGUUUUUCACCAAUAUACUAGACACCAUCAUUUUGGUUUUGAAGCAGCAAGUUGGUAUUGACAUUUCGUAGAUGUUGUAUGAUUAUUCUUGUAUGUUUGUAUUUAUUGAUGAGGAUCUUAA